CUACGUGCCGCGACAGGCUGCGCCGCGCGCGAGCAUGCUUUCCUGACGACCAGGGAACGUACGAGCAUGGGAUGUAGAUCGUCUAAAGAAACCGAUAAAGAUGGGAAGAGUAUUUAUGAAAAGGAGUCCCUAGGAGCCGACCAUGAGGGUGCCAUCAACUGCAUGGCGCUCAGCGAGGACGGCUCACUGCUCAUCACGGGCUCCGAGGACUGCACCGCCCGCAUGUGGAGCACCAAGACAGACGACACCGAGUGUCUGGGCGUCCUCGAAGGCCACACGAGCUACAUCACUUGCGUGGCGUCGUCAGACACGUUCGUCCUGACCGGCUCGGCCGACGCCACCAUCAGGAAAUGGGACAUGACCACAUGCGAGUGCCUCUUCACAUACGAAGGCCACGAGUCGCGCAUCAGCCGGCUCAUCUGCACCGGGGAGUUCAUCUUUUCUUCGUCUUACGACAAGACGGUGUGUGCUUGGCUGUUCGACACCAGCGACAUCGUGGACGGCAGCCAGGGCAAGGCCUGCAUCCGCGUGUUUAGGGGCCACCGGGGUGGCGUCUACCCUAUCAUCUUUCUGCCUGCGAACGAUGUCGAUGCGGACGAAGAGGACGCGGAUACGGUCACCAUCAAGCCGGGGGACCUGCUCAUCACGGGCUCCACUGACAAGACGGCCAAGUCCUGGAGCUUCGACUCGGAGACCGGCUCCUGCCUCAGGACGUUCCGGGGCCACACGGCCCCCGUGUCGUGUAUGGCCACCGACAGGGAUGGCAGCACCCUUUUCACGGCCGGGCCCGAUCGCACCAUCCGGAUAUGGGACAUCCCAUCUGCCGUCUGCCACCGAACGAUGGAGGGGCACACGCAGUCGAUCGUGUGUAUGCAGGUGGUGAACAAGCUGCUGUACAGCGGCUCGGCCGACACCACGGCCCGCUGCUGGGUCACCGCAUUUGGGGAGUGCACGCGAACGUACAAGACGCACAAGCACUCGGUCAUUUGCCUCAAGGUGGCCGAUGGCGCUGUGUUCACCGGGUGCGGCGACACGAACGCGCGGGCCUUCGACGCCAAGUCUGGAGCGCUGAAGCGCACUUACAUGGGUCACGAGUCAGCCAUCAACUGCAUCCAGUACAUUGACGGCAAGCUCUACACCGGCAGCAACGACGGUGCGCUGAAAGUCUGGGAUGCCAAGGAUAUCGCUGACGACCCAGUGCCGGAACAGGAGGAGGAAGACGAACCGGACGAAGAGGAGAACACCUACUUCAAGGAGCAGGAUCGACGCAUCAAGGACCUGGAGCGGCGACUGGACGGCGCCGGCCACGACCACGACAUCCACGGGUACGAGCUGGAGCUGGCCGGCAUCGACGACGUGGACUAGACGGCGGCCUCUGCCGCCGGCCGCCGCCGCCCCGACCGCGCCGCGCGAGACUCCGGC